CUUGGGGCAUUAGACAUGAAAUCAAAGAGAACGCAUCGAUUGAAGGGCUACGAGCCGUGCAACCCCGCAACUCUGAACCAUCUUUCAUUGUCUUCAAUUUCCAGAUCUCAAAUCUUUUCCCAACCAUCUGUCUGUGUCUCACAUGAAAAAAUGGCCGAGGGGUAUCAGUAUGAAGACUUGGUUUGGGAACGACAGGAAAUCCGUCUGCUAAUACUUGAACCGGGGAACCGGGGAGACGACAUUGCGUGCGCGCUGGUCUCUGCCUGCUUGUCCGACCCCGAUGUCUCUUUCGAGGCACUCUCGUAUUGCUGGGGAGAUUCGCGGGACAGACGACAGAUCUUUGUUGGCUGCGCUGCGAUGCACAUCACCGCAAACCUCUUUUCUGCGCUUCAGCACCUCCGCCACGUCUCAGAAAACCGCGUGCUAUGGGUGGAUGCAAUUUGCAUCAACCAAGAAGAUGUCGACGAGAAGACGGUGCAAGUCGCACUCAUGGGAACCAUUUACAGCACUUGCACCAGGGUGCUCAUAUGGCUUGGGGAAGCUGCCCAGGAAAGCGGCCGGGCCCUGGGUGGAUUGGCCGACCUCGCCCUCUUCUACACGAUGGUCCUGCCAGGCGGGUUUACCGAAAAGGCAAUGCGCCAUCUUCUCGAACGCCCCUGGUUCGAUCGUGUUUGGAUAGUGCAGGAGAUGGCCUUGCCCAAGAAGGGUACCUUCAUCUGCGGCGACAGCACCCUCGACCUGGACGUAUUGGAGCGGAGCAUGAUCAAGGCUGACGAGGUCAUAGCGGAAGGGGAAGGGAAAAUGAGAUCCAAGCACCCCGACUACUUCUACAGGCUGUCUCGACACAUGAGGACCCGAAGGGCGACACAUCUCGGCGAGGCCUUGGGCUGUCCGUUUCCUUACGUUUUCGAGAGGCAUUCCGAUGCGCAAGCAACGGACCCGAGAGACAACGUCUUCGCCUUUGUCGGACUCGCCGAGCAGGUGGGUGUACUCGACAUCGUCAUCUCAUACCAACUUUCGGUACAGCAAGUCUAUGCGAAUCUUGUCAAGCGAUGGAUCAACCGCUAUCUUCAACUGGAUAUCAUCACGGUGUUUUUGGAGCGGCAGGAAAGACGUCUUCUCGAUCUUCCCUCCUGGAUUCCGGAUUUCAGUGGCAGAAGCGCCGUCGAUCUUUUGAACACUGCGUCAACGUCUCCCUUCGAAUGGGAUAGCUUCACAGCGUGGGCAGGUCGCCAGCGGACGGAUGACAUACUCGAGACGUCACUGAGGGACGGCGCAAACCAACGUUGGUACAUCGACCGAGCCCAGCCCGAAGAGGGGGGAGAUGACGAGCAAUCGAUUGUUCAGCAUCCCCAUUACAGCAAGUUCUUGGCUCUGGACGGGUGCUUGGUCGACACAAUCUCGGAAGCAUUCGACCAAAAGCACGAGACCUUGGACGCUCUCAAGGUGCUGGCUGAUCCCUUCUUGAAACCGGAGUGUGAGCCAGAAGAGGAACCGGACUCGGACGAAGAAAUAUCCAUCUUGGACGUCAUACAACAAAAACGGGAAGUAUGGGACCACGUGCACACCUCGCUCAGGCCAUGGACGCAGAUCUUUUCCACCAUGGAGCCGCCUGAUCUCGACGACGCUCCGUACCCGGCAACCGGAGAGACAAGGUUUAUCGCUUUCUUACAAACCCUUACCGCCGGCUACUCUUCAUACGACGACGAGGGAUUCGUCGAAUUCGUGCAGAAAUACCGGGCGCUCAUGUACAAGGAUGCCAAGAAUAAUCCUCUGAGCGAAGCCAUGAUGAAUUCAGGUUCUCAUAUCGACGAGCAGCUCAUGCACACAAAUCCGAAUUCCAAGAUCAACGAGCGUCUCAAAGGGUUGCUGCGCAAGCGGCGGUUUGCCGUAACCCAGACCGGCUUUUUUGCACUCGUGCCUAUCCAGGCCGCUCCAGGCGAUAUCAUUGCCGUGCUGGUUGGCGGGGCGGUCCCCUUUGUGCUCAGGAAGAAGGUACUACCAAACACCUCGGGAGAGAAUAACCAGGUCAAUGCUAGCCCGAGCGGCGCCUCGGCAACGGGGAAUACUGAUUCGAAGAACACAACCCCCUCGGAUACUAGUAAUGAGAUCGAGCUCGCCACGGCGGAAGUUUGGCAUGAGAUGAAUGGUCCCAAGUAUGCUGGAACGUCGAGGAGCCCAGAUUCGCCCUUGCUCGUCGAACAGACGCUACACCCCGAUGAGACAGGAGAGACCACGUUGGGGUUCACGGCACGAUUCAAGACACCGACAAAAGUGGUUGGUAUUGAAGACGAGGUGUACGAUCCGGCAUGGCAAGUUAUAGGGACGGCAUAUGUCCACGGCAUCAUGCACGGCGAGAUGAAGGAGCGGUACAAGGCCGGAGAUGCCGCUCUUCAGACAUUUCUGUUAGUCUAGAGGUUACAAGGGAUAGCAAGUCCUCUCAAAGCUACGAUAAUGAGAGAAUGGUUGACCUGUUCCGUUGGGCCUUCUCGUUUCUGCCGAGGAUUGAUGUAUUACUGUAAUUUGGAAACAAUCUUCAAUUGUCUAGAGUAUCUACUUAUAUACUUAUCUCUCUAGGCUCUACUUUCCCUAUCCAAAGUCGAACGUAUCCA